AGGGGGAGGGAGAGAACAGGAGAGGGAACUGAAGUCUGAGGCUACAGUACACUUCACUUCACUUCUGCCCUAAGAGGAAGCACACCAUGACCAGCUAGCUGCGCGAUUAUCUCCACACCUCCAACUGAGAGAAUCAGAUCUCAGUGUCUGCUGGUGUGAGAUGUAAACAUCCCACCCCCGCUGCACUGCUUGCACCACAGCAUUUCCAGUGUGUGGAGAAGAUGGAGCCUGAUUGUAUGUGAGUGCAGGCGGAGGAACAGCAACAGCAGCAGCAGCGUGUGUAGGGGGGUGUUUGCUCUCAACUCAACUGCUGCAGUCGAGGCAUCAAUUUUGUAUAGGCAUUGAGUGCAGUAAGUUGGCUAUCAUCAGCAGAGGCUUCCCCUCUCUGCAAGCCUCUUGCUGUUGAUGAUGGAGAACAGGGAUUCAGGUGGAUAUGAGCCGUCUCUAUAGGAAUGUCCGCGUCCGAUUCGAGCGCAGCACUGCUCAGUUGCAAGAGUUCAGCUGAUUCCUACACGAGCAGGCCAUCUGAUUCCGACCUGUCCCUGGAGGAGGACAAGGAGGCGUCUCGGCGUGAAGCCGAGCGCCAGGUCCUGCUCCAGCUCGAAAGAGCCAAGGCCAAACCGGUGGCAUUUGCAGUGAGAACCAAUGUCAGCUACUGCGGGGCUCUGGACGAGGACUGUCCAGUUCAAGGUGCUGCCGUCAACUUUGAAACCAAAGAUUUUAUACAUAUAAAAGAGAAGUACAAUAAUGACUGGUGGAUAGGGAGGCUGGUAAAGGAGGGAGCAGAUAUUGCUUUCAUUCCCAGUCCUGUUAAACUGGAGGCCAUGCGCAUCAAGCAGGAACAGAAAGCAGCUCAGAGAAAAAUAGGUGGGAAUGCGUUGUCUGGCAGCCGGAAAUCUGCAUCUCCUGCAGCCAAACAGAAGCAAAAGCAGACAGAGCAUGUUCCACCUUAUGAUGUUGUUCCAUCUAUGAGGCCUGUUGUUCUGGUUGGUCCCUCACUAAAAGGCUAUGAGGUUACAGAUAUGAUGCAGAAAGCUCUUUUUGACUUUUUGAAGCACAGGUUUGAUGGGAGGAUUUCUAUCACAAGGGUAACUGCGGAUCUGUCUUUGGCCAAACGAUCAGUAUUGAAUAAAAAACCAAAUCUAGAUCCGUCUAGCCUGGCGGAGGUACAGAGUGAGAUUAACAGAAUAUUUGAGUUAGCUAAGAGCCUGCAGCUGGUGGUCCUGGAUGCAGAUACCAUUAACCAUCCUACACAGCUACUCAAGACAUCACUCGCUCCCAUUAUAGUCUAUGUGAAAGUGUCUUCUCCAAAGGUUCUUCAAAGACUCAUUAAAUCCAGAGGGAAAUCUCAAAGCAAACAUCUCAACUUGCAAAUGAUGGCAGGAGAUAAACUAGCGCAGUGCCCGGCAGAAAUGUUUGACGUCACACUGGACGAGAAUCAGCUAGAAGAUGCUUGUGAACACUUAGCUGAAUAUUUAGAUAUAUAUUGGCGGGCCACUCACCUUCCAGGCUCUGCCCCCACGAAUCCUACGGUGGAGCAAAAUGUGGCAACCCCACCCUCAGCCAACUCUAGCCAACAGUUCUCAGAGACACAAGAACUAAUUGAAUGAGCACUACCACAAAUAAGGAUGAAUCUGAGUGAAACUGAACAUUCCAGAAAGACCCCCAGAAUUCCUCAAAGGCCAGCCACUCACUGCCCCAGACUGAGAUGAGGGCUCAGAGCAGCUGUCCACUAAAAAAAAUAAAGAGGAGUGGAGGGAUGAAGGGCUUGUGAGAAAUUGGACCACUCACAGUCUCAAUGUAAGCGAGACCUAACAGUGACCACACAACAGUGGCCCUCUUCCUGCACUAACACACGUGUUGUCCUCUACAUCUCAGGACCACUCUGCUGCAGGCCUUCAGCCGACACACACACACACACACACACACACACACACACACACACACACACACACACACACACACA